GUCAAAAUGCGAAAAUGGCGAAUGAAUUCAUCAAAACAUCGCGGGUGUCACCUGCAUUCUUGCAUGGAAACAGCACCAGUCAUACGUGGCCAUUCUCAGCUGUGGCAGAAAUAAUUGACAAUGCAUAUGAUCCUGAUGUGAGUGCCUCCGAGAUCUGGAUCGACAAGCGGGUGGUCGGGGCGACUGAAUGUCUUACCUUUGUGGAUAAUGGGAACGGCAUGAGCCAGGAGAAGUUGCAUAAGAUGCUCAGCUUUGGUUACUGCGAGAAGGUUCAAGUGGGCAAGGUCAGCCCUAUCGGUUACUAUGGUAAUGGUUUCAAGUCUGGAUCCAUGCGGCUUGGUACUGAUGCGCUCGUGUUCACACGGUGUAUGGGGUCGACCAGUGUGGGAUUUCUGUCACAGACGUACCUCAAGGCCAUCGGAGCUGACUCAGUGUUGGUUCCCAUAGUAACGUGGAACAUAAGUGGGGCAAACCAGUUAAUCCGCAAGCGUAGCCCGGAAAGUGACACGAACCUAAAGGCCAUCCUCUCCUACUCAGUUUUCAAAACAGAGAAAGAGAUCCUGUAUGAGCUGAGGGCUCUCGAAAAAAUGAGAACAGGAACAAACAUCAUCAUCUUCAACUUGAAGAAAGACAGGUCAGGUAACUUGGAGCUGGACUUCAGCUCUGACAAGAAUGACAUCCGGAACCCCGAGACACCACUCAUAGAUCUCACCACAAUCAACCGACCUGUCUACAACGAGUCACCGGAGUACAGACGCUCACUCAGGGAUUACUGCAGUAUACUGUACUUGAAGCCGCGUAUGAAGAUCGUGCUACGAGGAAACAAGGUUCACACAAAACUAAUCAGUAAAUGUCUGUCACAAACAGAGAGGGAUGUCUACAAACCCACAUGGCUUGACAAACCUAUAAAGCUGAUAUUUGGGUUUACAAACAACAAAGAGCCAGAUUCCUACGGCCUCAUGAUGUACCAUAAGAACAGGCUAAUCAGGGCUUAUGAGAAAGUCGGCUGUCAAAAACAGGCAAAUACCCAUGGUGUUGGGGUGCUAGGUGUGGUGGAGGUCAACUUUUUGGAGCCAAUCCACAACAAACAGGAGUUUAACCGCACAGACAAGUACCUGGCGUUCAUGCAGAAUGCCGGUGGCAAGUUAAAUGAUUACUUCUUUGAAAAGACCAAUUCUCAGAACCCAAGUGCUUCACAGCCUGCGUCCUCUCAACUUCCAGACUGGACGUGGGCACAGUGUGAUAAUUGUCUGAGCUGGAGGAGACUUCCUGCUGGGAUCUCUGCAGAUUCACUGCCUGACAAGUGGUUCUGCAAAGAUAACCCUGACGCCACCUUUAAUCGUUGCGACAUACAGGAAGAGCCGGAGGACGAUGACGCGGCACUUAUACCAACUUACACAAAGACAUAUAAGAAAACCAUUAGAGAGAAAGAAAAACAAGCCAAACAAGAAGAGGCACGUAAGUUGAAGCAGAAGGAAGAAGCCCUUGCAAAGAAAGAGGCAUUGUUAAAGAAGAAAGCUGAUGAGAUCUCAAGACAGCAGGAGGAACUGGAGGUGUCCUCCAGCCAGGACCCAAAGGAACAUAAACCAACAGUUGCCGAUCUGGAAAAGGCACGCAAGAAAAUGCAGGCAUGCCAGGAGAAAAUUAGCCUUCAGGAGAAAACCAUCCUACAGUUGGAGAAACAGAAACAGGCCAUUGAGGAGAAGUCCACGGCCAUGCUCCGGAUGGCUCGGUCACUAGAGAUCACAAACUCCCAGAGUAAAACCCUGGUUGAGAAAGUGCAAAAUCUGGCCGGCCAGAGCAGCUCAGCAGUUAGCAGCAGCAGUACAUCAAAACCUGUGAAAAGGAAAAGUGAUGAUGAGGAUGGAAGCAAUGAGAGGUGCACGAAAAUAAAGACUGAGGAUGGAGGCUUCAUAACCGUUCCAAAUGCAGGGGGUGAUGCUGGACUUAUAGACCUUACAAUGGAAGAAGAGAAUCUAGAGGAAACUGGAGCAACUACAAAAACUCCUGGGAAAACAAAGCUUUCCGCACCUCAUCCUAAAAAUGGUAAUAAAAGUGUGAACAAGGAAAUGGGUACAGCUGGUGAUGCCGAUACUGAAGACUCAUCUAACAAAUUAGUUGAAAGUGAUAAGACAUUAAAGAAAACUUCAGAAACUAAGACGGACAAGAAUUUUGAUAAAGAGAACAAGAAAGAUUCUGCCAAUGAGACUGAAGGGACUCCUGUGGAGGCGGAUGGUGAUGGAUACAUGGAGAUGAAUGAUGAUGAUGUCAAACCUGAUAAAGAAAAACUAGAUAAAACAGUCUGCAAAGAUGAGGAAAACGUUUCCAAAGCUAAGGAAGAGGUUGACAUGAAGGAAAGGAAUGUUGAGGUUAUGGUGAAGAAGGGUGAAGUUAAGAAAGAGUUUAAGAGUGCACAUGUACAGACUGUCCCAGUUAUUUCAAAGUUGGCUAGUCCGGAAGAAGUGGAUUUACUUAGCUUGAGUGCGGUGGAACAAAAACAGAUGUUGCUUGUUAAAGCAAGAGAACUGUCGGAAACAAAGAAAAGCCUUACAAGUUUGCAGUCAAACAUUUGGAAGCUUCUGAAAAUUAUUGUCAGUGACUUUGAUUAUGGUGAUCCGGAAAAUAUUGAGCAAGUUAUUGUGGACUUUAUUCGAGUGAACGGUGAGGAAGGUGCUUCAGAGGAAAGUGAUGAAAAACCAGACAUUAAUAAAGAUGGAAACAGAAAAGAAUCAACAUCUGCUGCUGAAUAAUUCUUUGGCUGAAUAACAAUGUUGUAUAUGAUCAGUAUUCGUGCUCUAUCUUGAAUUUAAAUGUAUUCCAUCCACAUUUUUGAGGGCAAGGUAAAGCCUUAAAAAAACAUUUCUUUUGGGUCGGGUUACAUGAGACUACUGUCUUAAUAGGCGCCAACCCUACCGUUUUCAUAGUCUGUUGUUUAUUUUUUUGAGUGAGUGUGUUUUAAUGUUGAAGCUUACUGUUUUUGUUAAAAGGAUGUAACCCUAACUAAAAGUCUUUUGUUUUUAGGCAAAACAUACAAUGUAUUCUCAUUGUGUCAUACAAGGUCAUACAGUCAACAAGACCAUAUAAAACAUUGCUAAAUGGAGUCUUUAUUGCAUGUACCACCUGUUGCCGCAUUUAACAGUUUCGCCUCGAUAAUUCGGCUGCCUAUUCAAAGCAGUGAUCCUUUCGCCUCGAUAAUUCGGCUGCCUAUUCAAAGCAGUGGGAUCAUGAUUCAAACUGUCUGAGAGUGGACAAUCUAUGUAGCCAUAUUCUUGUUAAAUCAAGCUUAAAACCGUAUGCCAGAAAAGGUCUAUAAGGGUAAUGCACCUUUUUGAGGAGUUAAACGUCUGUGUGGUGAUGGAUGGAAUAAUGAAAAAAACUGUUAAUUACACCAUUGAUAUCUUGUUAUUGAUAAUACUGUAAAAGUAUUAAGUUUAUGUAUUAAAUUUGUAAAUAUACAUGUAUGUAAAAUUUCAAGAGCCACAGAGCUUAUUAGCCAAAUUGUUGCUGCAACUAUAAUAUACAUGUCUUAUAGCAAGACUUACUUUAAAAAAUAUAUGAAUUAUAUCUAUUGUUUGUAGCACUACAUAUCUAAAAGUUCCAUAAUAACCAAUAAUGACCUUUUUGCAUGACAGUUUGAUGUUUGGACAAAAAAUAUCAGUCCCCAAUAAAUAUGACAUUGUUUGUUCAGUUUAUCAUUGUUUAGCUGUCGGAUAGAAAUUUAAAUAUGGUAUGCCAUUUUAAUUGUGUUCAAUAUCAUUAUCAAAUAUUUGUUAUUGUUUAUUUCUUUGGGUGUUAAUUAGGUGCCUCCAGGUACAUUUAAAAAAAUCAUAUUACAAUUUUAAAGGUGCCUGUUUCCAGUUAUUUUAUAAGGUUUCUUUCUUACUGCAAUUAUUUCAGCAUGUCUGCGUCUGUUAAGAAAUUAAAGUUUGCCAUGUACAUACAGAACUGAUUUUUGAAUGUAAUCACAUGUAAGAUUUGUUGUCAAGAUGAAACUGAGGUCUUAAACAGGAUUGCUCUCUUGCCAACCAUUUGACUGACCCGAGAAUUCCUCGUAUCUAUUCCCUUCUGUAUAUUAUUCAAGUCUGUGAUGUGUAUAUUUUGAAUUUUUACGUUCUUUCUUUUUUGCUUCUUUCUUUUUUAUUGUUUUGUCUUACUUUGUACAGCAUGCUAAUAUAAUAGUCUGAGCUCCAGAUUAGGUGCGCAUUUGCAUGAAUAUGCGUUGAUAAAAUUCAAAACACAAUGGAUAUUGAAUAUUUGUAUAACAAAACCGGACUGGGUUCAGUGAAAACGCCCCUCUAAUCGAAUGGCAUAGUUAAACAACAAUAGGUUCUGUACCUGCAGUGCUGUGAAUUAAUGGUGUUGGCAUUUAACCAGGCACUGGAACUUCUAACUUUAUAUAUAUAUAUAUAUAUAUAUAGGAUGGUAAAAAUAUACUUACGUUUUUGGUUGUAUUGGUCCAGCAAAUAAGUACAGUAUACAAGUACAGUAUGAAAAAUUACGAACUAAAGUCGUGAUAGAUCAAAAAGUAUGUAACAUAUUUCUUGGGAAAUUGAAAUUGAAUCUGUUCAAGACUCUGCUUUUUAAUAUCAUUCUUUAUAGUUUCACCUUACAAUCAAAUUCCUGGUUUCACUAUGUUUGUGCUAAAUUCUAAGUAUAGGCAAAAUUAAGAGCAGCACCAACCACAAAUCAUUGAAUAAUAGUUAGAUUUUGUUAAGCUGUUAAAAGAUUUUAAGAUGUUUUAGUAGAUAUACCUUAACAAAAACAGUUUAAUUUGUGUUAUUAUUGCUGUGUCUAUGAAGUUAAAGCUGCACUCUCACAGAUUGACAGUCUAGACUUUUUUUAUUUGUUUAUAUCAGAAUCAGCUGAUUUUGGUAUCGAUGCCUACAAUUCAUUCAUUUAAGAUAACUCACAAAAGAACGGAUCUCAAUCGUUUGGAAAGUUGCCAUAAUACUCAUUUUUCUUAAAUUGUUACCAACGCUUUUAGCCAUAAAACAUCAAUUUUUUAAGCGUAAAUAUGAAAAAUUUGCGAUCUGAUCUUUUGUCAGCAGUCAUAAAUCACUGUUUUCCAGACAUUUGUGAAAAAAGUGAAAAAAUUGGCUCAUUCUAAAAAAGAAAAAAAGGUGUAUCUGUGAGAGUGCAACUUUUAGAAAAUGGAAUACUUAAGUUUAUUAUAUGUUUAGCAAUUAUCUUUCUUUGAAAUGAUCAUCAUGAAGUUAAUAUUGUUGUACAGUUAAGAAAAAUAUUAAUGGUUAUGACAAUUAGCUUCUAAAUGUAUUCUAUUUAUAUCUGCCUGUCACAUUAUGGUACUGCCAUCGUUGUUUAAAACUAAAGUAUAUGUAGAAAAAACAAUUACGGGUAUAGCUUGUGAUCAUUGUAAAUUUGUCAUUUGAUCCUUUUAAAGAGACUUUGGUCCUGUGUGACAGUCAUUAGCAUUACUGUUUGAGGUUUGUUUUAUUUAAUUGUUUUUUAGGGUGAGACUUGGUUUAGUGUCCGGCUUUUACCCAAAUGUCUUGGGUCUUAGCCCGACCAAAGGAACAAAUACCUCCAAAAAGGGACUAGACACCAGAAGAUACCAUUGCAAUAAAAAAAGGGAAAAUUUAAAAAAUGUAAAAAACUUGCAUAAAAUUGAUAUUGUUGUGUAACACAUUGAAUCUUACAUACUGAUGUAUGCAUCACUUAUGACACAUGUAUCUUAUGCAGUUGUUGUGUAUUUGUCCAAUUUGAAUAUUUACUGGGUUUAUCUACCACAUGCUAUAUACAUAUAUACACACUAUAAGCUGAGAAACCAUUCUGAAUUUCUCACAAUGAUCAUGAAUCACCUCUCAUAUCAAUCAUGAUCUACAUUAAACACUGUUCAUUUGUUUUUCAUUCAAGAUUAACUAUUUUUGGAAAAUUUCACCUCUGCAUAAAACCAUAUUGCACUUAACUGCCUGUUAUAUAAUGUUCAUGUGUGUAACAUGUACACCACAUUUCGUUCUAGUAACCCUGACCGUAUUCCUGUAUUCCAUGUCAGAUGUUUGCACUAUGUGCAAUCAUGGAUUAUGAAUGCUGCUGUGUUAUUACAGGCUGAUCUUAGUUAAUUUUAUGUUUGUCAUUCGCACAGUACCAAGUGUUUACCUUCGUUUGAGAUAAAGUUGAAGGUCUUAUAGUUUGUGUUUAGUUCAUUGCGUUUAUUGUUUACAUCAAAGACUACUGUAUGAUACAAGUAAUCAUAAUUCAUUGUUUGAUGACAUAUGUUAAAUAUUGUUUAACUCAUACACUUUAGUACAGGUAAUUCUUGUUUGUGUUUCUUCAGUGGCUGGUUUUUCAGGAAAAAGAAACAAGAAAAUAUUGCACUCCAAACUGAAAUCCUACCGGUAAUAUCGAAUGAGACACAUCUGGGGUUCUAAAGAUGGGUGUUAAUCGUGAAUUUAAGAUCGAGACAUUUUAUAUUCAGACUAAUAUACAGUUGUAAAGAUUUAUCUUGAAAUUAAUCUGAAUAGCAUUGGAAACGAUUUCAAAGGGAUCUAUGCUCCUUUACCCUGCUUUGGGUAUCUGACUGAAUUGUUAUUGAUAGUGUCUACAGUGCUUCUAACACCUAAUAAUUGUCGCUUUGGGCAUGAAACCCUUAUAUCCAUAAUUCAAACAGACCCCAGGCUAUUUUGCAGGAUUGACAAUUAUUAGGUGUUAGAAUCACUGUAGACACUUUCAAUAACAAUCCAGUCAGAUACCCAAAAGUUAUUGUUAAUUCUGUUAAAUGAUUAUAACAAAGGUUCAAACCCCACCAAUGGUACCUUAUUUUGGCCUCUCAAAAUGGACGCCAGUACUGGUUUUGCCCAGGAAAAGGUUCAAUACCCAUCAGGGUACCUUCAAAUGGCCUCUCAAAAUGGACACCAGUUCUUGUUUCUGCCCAGGAAAAGGUUCAAUACCCAUCAGGGUACCUUCAAAUGGCCUCUUAAAAUGGACACCAGUUCUGGUUUCUGUCCAGGAAAAGGUUCAAUACCCAUCAGGGUACCUUCAAAUGGCCUCUCAAAAUAGACGCCAGUACUGGUUUCGCCCAGGAAACGGACUCUAUCGGCUGUCUGCUUUCAUCUCAAUCAAGCUAAAAGAAAUUAGUGUUAACUAAAACUAAAGAACACAAAUGGGACCAGAAUGCAUAACAUGGUAAUUAAGUAUUGUUGGCCUUAUCAUGUACUGAGCACUAGGUCAUCUUGCUGAAAUCGUGUAAAUAUUAUUCACUGUACUGCUAUUGUUUUCAUUUGAUUAUCCAUAUUGUACUCGGAGGUAACACAGCCUUGUUUGUAACCCAUUUAUAAGAAAGCGAUCAAAGAUCAUCGGCUAGACAUUUCGACUUUGGAUCAUUAGACAUCCCCCCCCGUUUGUUUUUGUAUUUAUAUGUAUAAUAUUUUGUCUGAUUUUAUAGCAUGACAUUUGAAUCACACAUGUAUAUAGUUCUCGUUUGUGUAUCCAAUUAUGACUGUAUUCAUAGUUACAACUCAUAAUAAUUGUUAGUUUAUUAAAAUGUGAACACCU